AUGAAGUUCCUCCUCGCCUUCGCCGCCCUCGCGCUUUUCGUCCAGCUGGCCGCCGCCGGCACCCGCGCCCACGCCGCCGUUCCUCACCGUUACCUCGCCGGCGCUUGCAAUGACGCCCAGGACCUCGGUGCGUUCAAGUCCCACUGGGGUACCUUCCAGAACAGCGUCGACCAGUGCGCCACGGGCUGCCUCGGCGGCGCCGACUGCUCGUCGAGCUGCAUCCAGAAGGCCAUCGGCCUCACCCAGGCCUGCGCCACCUGCUUCGGCCAGGGCGUCGCCUGCGUCGCCACCAACUGCUACUGGAAGUGUCUCAACCCGGCCUCGCCCGGCUGCGCCCAGUGCUCCAUCCAGCACUGCGAGGCUCCCCUCCUCUCCUGCGCCGGUGUGCCCAAGAGCGACAUCCCCAUGUAA